AUGUCCAAGAACUAUCCAAAGUCCAGCACUGAAGAACCUUUUACUACCACAAAAACAUUCUCUUCUAAUUUUCCAGGAAUUUCUUGGGUCAACGGUUCUAAAUCAACGGCUUCUGGUCAUACAACAUCAUCUGUUUCAACAUCAUCUACACCCACUGCUACUUUAACAACCGUUAACAGUGUGAAGUCAACAGAAACAUCACUCUUCCUUGACACCAAGGAAACUGUGGUGCCAAAAAUGUCAGCAAAGACUGUUCCAUCCACAUAUUCCGUUUCAACAAGUAAAGAUGUAAUUACUGUUCCUACAAGACCUUCCACCACAGAUCAAAUAUCACACAGUUCUAAAUCUACAUCUUCAUAUUCAUUUAUUCCCUCUACUGUUUCAUCUCUUUCAAAAGAGUUAUCUACAGCCACAGCUGAUAUGGAAUUUGCAGCUACAUCAUUGUCUACAGAUUUUAAAGAAUCUAUCAAUUCAGUUAGUACAAAAUCAGAACUCCCAGAUCAGUAUACAGAGCUGAAGUCUACCAUAAAUACUGAGUUAAUCACACCUGUUAAGUCCAUGCCCACUAGCAUGUCUUCUAAAGCUUCUGAUUCAAAUGUGACUGAUGUGCCUUAUGUAGCAUUUGAUUCUACUGUCACUACUUUGUAUACCACUGCUGCUGAGUCUACCACCAGAAACGUGUCUUCGACAACUUUUAAUUUCACUGCCUUCGUUAUGACCACAAAAACUUCUGAAUAUACUACCACUGAUGUAUUAUAUUGCUGA